AUGACCGAAGAUGAAAUCCAAGAACUUAUGGACUCUGUUGAAACGGAUUCGUCAGGUGAUUAUAGCAGUGAUGAUCCAGACAUCGACCCAGAUUACGAGCAGGAUGAGAUCGCUCCAGAUGACAUGAUAACAGAGUGUAUCCGUGAAAUGCAAGCAGGUGAAACAAGCGACUAUUUUAUUCAAAAUGUGAACAUGUCGCUAAAUAUCAGUGACAUAGAAACACCUGCUGCAUCAUCAACAAUGCUAACGGCGGUGCAAAUCGAAGCUGACGAAUGUGUCGAAUCUUUAAAAAAGGAAGAGGCUGGGCCGUCUAGAUGUAUGAAAGCAAUUCCAUCUACUUCAGUCGCCGAUGUCGCACAUGCUGCAAGUUCUAAGCCAAAGAAACGACCCCGUUCGCCAUUACCUAUAAUGGAAGAUUCUGGACCUUUGAUCACGCCUUCUAUUGGUGGUUUUACUGGGAGAGAAAUAAAAAGAGAAUUCGAUGAAAGGUUUUCGGAAUUUGAUGCACUAAAACCCGAUCUUGAGCUUUUUAACAAUCCAAUGGGAGUCAACAUCCAGAACCAAUCAGCAGAAUACCAAUUAGAGCUGUGCGAACUACAGUCCGAUUCGUUUUUUCAAGCAAAGAAAAAUGAAGACAUUAGUACCUUUUGGAAUUGUAAACAAAAAAAUAAAAGGCAUAUAAAGAAGUCAUACUAUUCGGCAACGAAGUCAAAAGCUGUUUAUAAUAUUGUCGCUGCAAUCUUAACUUCAGAGAGUGAUGGAGAACUCUACGUAGAUGAAUUUACAUUGGAUAACGUAAAAAGCAAUAAUAUAGUUAUACCGUUUGCUAUAACAUUACUAUAUCAACGACCUGGCCUAAUGCAAUUUUACCCAGAAUUUUUAACAGGACCUAAAACAUAUCUUGACUUCAAACUCACCUAUAGUAAGUCACAUACAAGAGCUACUCCGUAUUUUGUAGGCAUGUUUGCUGGAUACAUCUAUUAUCAACUAAAGGGAUCUAAUAAACAUGUAUGCAGAAUCAGCUUAGCCCUCUCGGAUAUAGUACUAGCUUUUAUAACAGCAUUGGUGCUGUAUUUAUUGGUAGAAGCGCCUUUUAGAAAGGUUCUUAGAGAGAUUAUGAUGCCGUCCAAAGACAAAACUCCAAAACCUAAAAACAAUAAUGGAGAGAGGCACCAUUCGGUUGAAGAGAAUAUGAUUAUGAGUAUGAGUAACAACAACGUAGUCAACAGCCGAGUGUAACAUUAAUAAUUUUUAGUUAAAUAUAGACUAUAGCUGUAUAUUUUAUCUAAGUAUACUGAUUAUUCGAUUAGGCACAAUAACAAAUAUGCAUAUAUUUACUACUAAAUCCGUUUGCAAAUUAAACUUUUAAGUUUUAAUUAACAUAAUCUAUAAGUGUACAUAAAAUAUUAUAAACAAUUUAGGUGUAGAUAUUGAUAAAGAACUAAAUAAAUAUAUGUUAUGAAUAAUAAAUCACAACAUACGUCCCAGCUUUAUUUUUUUUGUACAACGCAUUUUAUUGUAAACUGUAACUUAAUGUAGUAUUUUUCACAGUAAAAUCAUUUCAGGUCACGAUUUAGACAAACUGGCGUCACUUGUAUUUAAAAUUUCCAUAACAUUAGAGUUCUAAUUUCCAUAACAUAGCCAAAAAUACGACACCUUUACGGAGCUGCACGAUAUAGGCGUCAAAAUGGUAUUAUAAUAAGAAAAAUGUAAUCGUGAUUACAUUGAUAAUUUUAAAAUUAAAUUAAUUAAAUAUACCAAAACGUUUAUUAUUAUUAACCCGUAACCGGUGACGUCCGAUUUUUGGAACAUAACCGGUGACGUGGAGUCUCCGGAACUCAGCAUAAAUAUGCUUGUCCCAUUUAAAUUUAAAUAAUUAUUUUACUACAUUGUUUAUAAUAAUUUUGGUGAGGCACUUUUGCAAUAUCGUAGUGUCUUUUUAGUUCCUUCUGUUACUAACUGUUCUUAUUAUUAACAUUUUUUUUUCAAAAGUUGCAAAUAAAUAAAUUACGGUGUUACGUCGUAAAGCUUAAUUUUUUUUUAAUAUUUCACAGGUAGGAGUGAUAUUGGUCUAUAUGAUGUCACUUCAUUGGGGGGUUUCCCAGGAUUUGGUAUCAUGAUCACCUCAGCUAUCUUCCAUAAAUCUGAAACAUAUUGUAGUCUAAAGGCAGCAUUUAUUAAAUUGGUUAAUUUUACGAUAGCUUUUCUUGGUAGAUUUUUUAGCAGUCUUCCGGUAAUGAGGUCAUAACCUGGUGCUUUAUUUGGAUUGAUUUGUUCUUUAAUUAACUCAGCUACUUCUUUUGGGGAAGUUGACUUGAUCUUCUCAUCUAUUUGCUCUGGUUCGGGCCAAUCCUGGUCAUCGUCUUGGUCAUCUUGCAACUUAAUAGUGUUCUCUAGAUGUGUGGCAAAUCUAUCUGCCUUCUGCUGAUUAUUUCUGGCCCAACUACCGUCUUCUAGUUUUAUUGGAGGAGAAUGUAAUAUUGGCCUUUUAAUUCUUUUUGUAGCUUUCCAAAGCGAGUACUCUGUGCUACUGUCGUUUGUUAGCUCUGUACAAAUGGUUUUAAUAUUAGGUAUAACAAAUAUGAUAUA